GAAGACAGAAGGGGCGUAUAGGCUGAUUUGGCAUUGGCAGGCGCUGACGGACGAGGCGACACGUCUGCACCUUCGCUUCCACAUGGGGCUCAUGAUUGCUGACUUUGAAAUAGCGGCCAUGAAUGUGAACCGGGACUUUUCCCCCAACAUCUUCCGCAAGGGUUGCCUUUUCCACUUCAACCAGUCCCUCUGGCGAAAGGUUGUCGACGAUGGCCUCCGUUCUCUCUACAUCAAUGCCGAGAACGAGGAUCACACAGUGCGACGUGACGUUCAACGUCUCAUGGCGGUUCCCUUCGUGCCAAUGGAUGAUGUAGAGGAGGUUUUUGACAUGAUCGUGGAGGAGGCGGACGAUAGGGUCUUGAACGUGGCGACUCAUCUCGAUAACAACUACAUCAGGGGCAAUCGCACUCUUCGUCGCGCAAUUCCACCUUUGUUCCCGACAAACAACGUUGUCGAGGCCUAUCACUCCAAGUUCCAGAAGAUAAUGGUGAUCCACCAUGCGAAUGUCUGGAAAUUUUUGGAUGAACUUCGUUCAGAGGAACACGACUUCCAUCAGAUUCUUGCCCAACAUCAGGCAGCCUGUGAACAAGAAGUAUGA